AUAUCUAUUCUUAUCAUCGACGUCUGACAUUGCAUUUGUGUCGCGAACAUUUGUGUUGUGUGCUCUCAUUACAACACACUACACUGUACUGGCAAACAACCGAUUAACGGCUCGAAUUUCGUUCGUCAUGUCCAAACUUCAAGAUUUCUGGGUCGAGGGAACAAUUGCUGCUCCCCUAUCACCGUUUAAAAAAGAACGGCGAUCUCAAUCCAGACAUAUUGGACGAAUAUGUGGAUUUUCUUGUCAACAAUAAAAUCGAUGGGGUUUUCGCCCUCGGCACUAUGGGGGAGGGCAUGUCCCUGACGGUAGCAGAGAGAAAGCAAGCGGCGGAGUCCUGGGUUCGAGCCUGCAAAAACAAGCUAAAGUACGUCAUAAUACAAGUUGGCACGGGGGAUCUACGAUCGAGCAAGGAACUGGCCCAGCACUGCCAGCAGAUUGGUGCUACCGCUAUUGCAUGUUUAGCCCCAUCGUACACGAAGCCAACCUCUGUUGAUGCUGUGGUUGACUACAUGGAGCAAGUAGCUGCAGCUGCACCUGACCUUCCAUUCUAUCUCUAUGAUAUCAACUUUAUGACCGGAAUAUACCUGGACAGUGACGAGUUCCUUGAGAAAGCAGGCAGUCGGAUUCCCAAUCUAAGAGGACUAAAAUAUUCUUGUAAGGAGUUACCAAAAUUACUGGACUGUAAAACUUGCUGCGGCGGAAAGUACCAAGUGAUGCUGGGCUCCGAUGAGCAACUCCUCACAGCGCUGUCUAUUGGUGUAAACGUUCCUGUCCUGAACGGCUUCGUUGGGCCUACAUUUGACAAACUCCGUACCGCGUUUCGGAAAGGAGAUAUGGACGAGGCUCAACGGCAACAGAGGAUUGCAAGGCAGAUUGUAGUGAUAACUGCAAAACAUGGAGGCGGGAUUCCUGCUGUAAAAAGCAUAAUGGAACUGCUGGGAUUGGAUCUUGGACCUGUCCGUCUUCCACUUCUACCAAUCACAGCACAGCAGAAGGAAGGACUUAAGAGAGAUCUGAAAAAACUUGGUCUCCUGUAACUGGAAAAUGCACCUUCGAUCAUACCCAGAUAUUUUGUCCUUCAUAUAACCGUAAACUACGUUUAUAACGAACUGACGGAUAUAACGAACUUUGUAAUAGUUCCCGACACUUGUAUAUUUUAGUCGAAUUUGUAUAAGGAACUACGGUUUUAACGAACUAAAAUUAGUGGAACCUUCCAGUUCGUUAUUAACGUAGAUUACUGUAUUAUACAUGAUCAUAGUAUUUCAUACAAACCUAAAACGUACGGCUUUUCGGGCCAUAGCUUUUUUGCAGUAUUACAUAAUCUAUCCAAUGGUAUGAGGUAGAGAAAUAUGAACUGAUCGUAUUGUUAACAUGCUGGUUAAAUGCCAUGUGUGUUUCAUACACUCAUCGUCCUCCUCUCCACAUUGUCAAAAGCUUUGCCUUAUUGAACAGGGAAUUCUUGUCUCAAGAACAACUUUCUUCUCAUUACCGACGGAUCAGGAAUAAAUCUACAAUUAUCACAAUAAUAAAUGUUAUGCUCUAUGAUUCCAGGUCACACUGACUUGCCUUUGUUUGUCUCUGGGCAGGAUACUCUCUUCGUGGUUAUUCAUAAGCACAUGUGCAUGAUCUAGUCGGAUUUGUGCAACCGAAUCUGCUUAUGGAAGAGAUUUCCUAUAACCCUGGAAAAGGUGUUAUGCCACAUACUUAGUGGUAUUGAUAUGUGAUUCCGACAUUUCCGAAAUAAACGAGGUUCUGCAGGA